UUAGACACGCAGUGUGCUCAGAGGAAGAGAAACUGAGCUCAUGUGAAAAUGGCGUCUCCGAAAACAGUGCCAAAAGAUGCACAGGUAAUGAUGCAGAUUCUUAAAGACAUGGGAAUCACUGAGUAUGAGCCCAGAGUCAUCAAUCAGAUGCUGGAGUUUACAUACAGAUAUGUAACAACUAUUAUUGAAGAUGCAAAAAUAUAUUCCACCCAUGCUAAAAAGUCCAGUGUGGAUGCAGAUGAUAUAAGGUUAGCAAUUCAGUGUCGAGUGGAUCAGUCCUUCACGUCACCUCCACCUCGAGAUUUUCUGUUGGAAAUCUCGAGGCAGAAGAACACAACCCCGUUACCCCUUAUUAAGCCAUACACUGGUCCACGACUUCCACCGGACCGCUACUGUCUAACUGCACCCAACUACAGACUUAAGUCCUUGCAGAAAAAGGUGACUUCGUCUGCGGGCAGAAUAACAGUGCCACGGUUGAGUGUGGGGGCAGUUUCCAGUAGGCCAAGCACUCCAACUUUCGGCACAACCUCAGUGCAGACGGUGGGGUCAAAAGUAGGGACACCUGUGUCACUGACAGGCCAGCGCUUCACUGUUCAGAUUCCCUCUUCACAGGCUGCCUCUGUCAAAUCAGCUACUCCAGCCACUCCCACAGUUCAGAAUGUUCUCAUCAACCCCUCUCUCAUCGGCUCCAAGAACAUCCUCAUCACUACUAAUAUGGUCUCCCAGAAUUCAUCCAGUGACUCAACCUCUCUCAAGAGGAAGCAUGAAGAUGAGGAUGACUAUGAUGCUUUAUGACCAGCUGUGUUUCCUUACUAGUGUGGAAGCAAGUGUGAUUCUGUAAAUAAGCAAUCGUUUGUUGUCAAUCUGCCCCUCAUUAGUCUGGUCUUGUUUAGGUUAUUACUCAAUACAGUGUUGCCAUUACAAUUUAUUGUUAAUUUGUGUAUGUAAAAAAUAAAUAAAUUGGUUUAAAAAAAAAAAAACAUGGUUUUGGAUGUUUUGCAACUUAGCAUUUUUGUUGAGUUAACUUUGCUACAUUCAAAUUAAUUUAAUCACAUUUAACCCAUUGUAUUUUUCAGAUGCUUAUGCACAUUUAUCAAAAUAAUUGUAUAACUUUUAUUACUUUCAUUUAUUCCAUAACAUUAGGUGUAAAAUGAAAUGUAAUUAUAUACCAGCAGAGGGAGCUGGUUAGACUGGGAAAGAUUCAUACACCUUCAAUCCGGGAAUGAAUGGUUUUAGUGUUACAAAACUAUGGUUAUAAUAUAAAAUAUUAUAUAAUAUAGUUUGUUCAGGCAUUUAGACAUUCCUGUAACAUAUCCUUGCUUUUAUUUGACAUUGAGGGAGGGUUUGGAGACAAGUGACCGGCAAUAGCGCUAUGGUCCUGUUAUCUGUUUGGUGCUCUCUUGCUCCAUGUUAUGCCUUUUAAAAUGCAGUCGAGACAGAAAGUCAAUGGUAAUAAUUAGACAAUGCCUCGUAAUUUAUGCCAAAUUAUAUUAAAGCUUUGUGAAUGAUUGUAGACAUCUACGUUAUGCAUAAUGUUUUACAGUCUACAGUCCUAAAUUGAAAAGUGACAACGUCAGUAACUUUUGUCUUUGGACUUACACUGACACCUAGCGGCUUGGAUGCAGCAUAAUUAAAAAAAAAAAAAUAGUUUUCAGUUUCAGAUGUCAUUGUAGAAAUUUAGUACUCACAGUCAGACAUGAUUACUUAUAUCAAUGAGCCAAAGUGUCAAAUAACAGGACGGUUACAGAGAUUAAGCGAGUUGUAUUUGACCGGUCAUGUGAUUCUAACAUGGCCGCCCCCAUGUGUGGACCCUCUUCAUGUGGAAUAAAACAGCUUUUAUAAGGUCA